GUACAUGUACAUGUACAAUGUAUAUGUACGUGUAUGAAGUUCAACAAGAGAACGUUGCGUUGCGUUGCGUGUUUCGUUUUCGUAGAUUGCCAACACGGGACACGACACACAGUUGUUAAAAUUUAAUCGGAUCGGUUAAAAGUAUGAACUGAAGUGCCUGUGAAUUAAUCUACAAGACCAACUGUAUUGUAUUUGUGGGUAUUGUCUUCAUUUUGGUGAUCACCUUCCAAAUAGAAUCCACAAUGCAGAUCAUGGUGAGAGCCGCCAUUGGAGCGCAGGUGACCAGCGUGCCAAUCGAGGUGGACCCAAAGUGGGUUAUCAAGAGCGUCAUUGUCGAGUUCUGCCAAAAGAUUGACAUUCCCGUAACCGGCGACAUAGAGAUGAAGGACGACAGCGGUUUGAUCCUGAACAAGAGUGCAACCAUAGGCGAGGCGGGAAUCCAUAACGGCGACACUGUCUUCAUAUCGCAUUCAGAACCAGAAGGCGAUGCUGAACAGCAGGACGUGUUUGUGAGGCGUGGCAUGGAGAGGUCGCAGAUGUACAGUAUCGUCCUGGUGUGUGUGGGUUUUGUGCUGGUCACGGCUAGCAUAUGCGGUAUUAUUGCUCUGGCCAUGAGGUUCACCGAGGAAAUAUGCUCCGACGAAGGAUAUGGUGCCGUAUUUGAUGCCGGCUCUUCCCAUACCAACCUCACCAUUUACAGUUGGCUGGGAGAUUCCAGGACCGAGGGGACGGGAGUGGUCAGACAAGAAGGAACGUGCCGGUCACCAGGAGGGGGUAUCUCCAGCUAUGAUGACAACCCACAGGAUGCAGGCCCCUCCCUCAUCAGCUGCCUGGAUUACACCAAGCAAGUUGUGCCAGAGCAGUACUACAAUUUCACCUCCUUGCACCUUGGGGCGACAGCCGGAAUGAGGCUCUUAGAAAAAACGGAGCCCAGCACCAGCACGCUCAUCAUGGAGUCUGUGCGCCAGACCAUGGCCACCUACCCCUUCAACUUCACAGCCAACCAGGCCACCAUCAUCUCAGGCUCGGAUGAGGGCAGCUACGGCUGGGUCUCGGCAAACUUCCUGUCGGGCACGCUCAAUCCGGGCUCAACGCUGUCAAGUGCUAUUGUGUCUGCACUCUCCGCCGACCCACUGCCCACAGUCGGAGCCUUGGAUAUGGGCGGGGCAUCAACGCAGAUCACAUUCAUUCCUGAGGACCCUUCCUCCUUGCCCCCUCAGUACUCAGAGAACCUGAGACUGUACGGAGUCAACUACACCCUGUACACCCACAGUUACCUGUGCUAUGGAGUGAACGAGGCUAUCCGUAGAUUCAAGGCCAACUUGGUCAAAGAUUCAGGGUAUGCCAAAAUGACUGUCAACCCCUGCGCUCCGAAGGGCUUCAGGGAGACCGUCGAUGGGAAGUACCUUUGGGAAGCCCCCUGCAGUAAGGGCCCCCAGGCCCUAGCGGGCUGGGGUUCAGAGGUCUUGCCUUCUCCCAACGCCGUCAACAUCACCUCCUUUAACCUGAGUGGGACGAGUGAUUUGGACAGCUGCAGAACGGCCGUGGCAAAGUUGUUCAAUUUCACGGCGCCUUGUCCGAUAGAGCCAUGCUCUUUCAACGGAGUUUACCAUCCCAAGCCGUAUGGAAAAUUUCUAGCAUUCUCUGUUUUUGCCAAUCUUAUAAGCGAUCUUGACCUUCCCAGUGAUGCAUCCGUUCAGCACAUUGAGAAUACGACAAAAAGUUUCUGUGCCAAAACCUAUGACGAGGUCAAAAAGAUGCCGGGUAACCUGCAGCUUCUUGUGCUGUACUGCUUUGACCUCACCUAUUUCUCAACCUUACUGCUUCGAGGCUACAAGUUUGAUGCAGACAUUUGGAAGAUAACAUUUACCAACGAGGUUAAAGGCAAAGAGCUGGGCUGGUCCCUGGGUUUCAUGAUCAAUGCCACCAACAUGAUUCCGACGGAGGCCUCUUGCACGGAUUUCACCAAGGUGGGGUUCUACGUCGGCCUGGCCAUCCUCAUCGUGACAUUCGUCAUCGGGCUCAUUGUACUGGUGAUCGCUGUCUACAGGUGCACACGGCCAAAGAGGGAAAGCGGUUAUGAGGAGCUCAACCCCGACUUUGCUCGCAAAAACACCUACGGAUCAUUGUGAAUGCUGGUGGAACCUUUCAUACUUUGUAAAACUCUUUUGUCAGGGUUUUCGAAAUGCCGUAAAAUGAAUCAUUCUGUAAUUAGUUCUCUGAUUUUACUUCAAAAACAAGUGUGCAUUAAAGGUCAAGUCACUGCAGCAAUUAGAAAAAAAAAACGAACGAGGAAAUUGAUACUUAAGUCCAGUUGUCCUGUGUAUAUAGCAGUUUUUGUAGCUGUAGUUUCAUUAUGAUAUAAAUGCCAAAGACUUGCAACGUAAAGACUAAUCAAAUUCAACUCAAAGUCAUGUAUGUUCCGUUUAUAUCUUGGCAGGUGUCAUUUGUUAAAAUCUAAUUGUACUGUUUUUCAUUCUGCGGUUGAUUUGCCUUCAAAACAUGUUAUUUGUUACACGUGUCAAAUUGUAAUACUGUGACAACAGAAUAUUUAAGCACAUUGCACUGUAAAUAUUGCAAAUCAGAUUUCUUCCAAAUUAUUGUUAGCCAAAAUGAAAUAUUUGAUUAUAUAUUUGAAGCAUUCAGAGUUAUCUAUUAAGAAUUUGUUUAAUUCAGAUUCAUUUAUUAAUGCUAUGUAAUUGUUAAAAAAAAGGAGGCAGUCAUAAGCUGCGUCCAAAUUACUUGCCAACGGCUGGAAAUAACACACAUGCCUAUGGAGAAUGCACGGAAGCCGCUGGCUAGAGACCACCAUAUUGCUAGCCACAGCCAAGUAAUUCAGACACAGCUGACGGAUUAUGGAGUUGUUUUGCAGCUGUAGUCAUGCUGCAGGUAAUCUAUCAAUUUGAAACAGCAAUGUGAUAAAUUGAUUUUUGCUGAAUACACUGUAGUGUACUUUUGUGCAACAAACUGAAAUGAUUUUCUGCCCAACUUUGAACAAGUCACAGAGGGCUUAGAAUCCACUGAUAAUGAGUAAUAAGUGGAAUUUGAGUUACAGUUAUUGUACACGCAUUCUUUUUGUAUAUUUUGAGAGAUCUUUUUUACAGUAAAUGUGCAUAUUUAAUCUUGCCCAUCAAUACACUGAUUGUGUUUGUUUUUCAACAGAAGUUUACCGGUUGAAGGCGUUCCCAUAUUAAUUUCAAGUUUACAUGCAGACAUGUAUUGCCUUCAUUACAUCAAAGUACUGAACAUAGUAUUCACCUGUACUUCGCCUCUCAAGAGGUAGAGCUUCUUUGGAAAAAGGGGUGUGUGUGUUCACAGCAUCCUUAAAAAGAAAACGUCAAACUCAGAAAUACCACACCAAAGACAAGCUGACAGAAGUCUAAUCCUUUGACAACAAAACAAAACCCAAAUUUUAUUAUAACAUUGACCGUCUUUCCAACUUCAAGCUUGUUCCAGACCUCUCCUUUCAGUAUGUACACAGGAAACAAUAAUAUGCUACUUUUCUGUACAUUAUUCACAAAGUAAUAAUUCACAUGUACAGUUCACUGGCCAAUGAAGCACACUAUAAGUUACUAUGUACAUAGUUUCCGUGACGGGCUGAAUAUCGAAUUCACGAACGUUCAAAAACUUAAUACUUUCUACCCUUUGAAUUUUUAAAACAAAAUUUGAGAAUUUUGUAACCUUGCAAUUUACAAAUUCCCUUUCUUGAUAAUUUUACACCAGGUAAAAUAACAGAGUACAAAUGGAACUAUUCUAGGCAUCCGUGUGCUGUUUCCAGGAAAGACAGUUCUCUGGCCUGAAGAGCAAUCCCCUUGUUACAUCGAGAAUUUCAAUUUCAUUAAAUACACCAAAUGCCAAAGCAACUGUUAGUCCACUCGAAGGGCACUGUAUAAUUACUGACAGCCUUGCCGGAAACUCGGGUUCACUAUUUGUUCAGUAGAAGCGUGAAAGGAGAGAAGACGUGAUUGUUCACAGAUGUGGCUUACUAGCUAAUGUACACUACAGUUUGGGAUUUGAGACAUGACUGAUUUGCCAAAAAUAAAGUUUUUGAAAGAGGGCAGUA